AUGUCUAUGUCCUUUUCCAGGGCCUCCUCCUUUGCACCUCCUACGUCCCGAGUGAACAGGGUUAGCACGGUCAGGACAGCGAGACCAGCAACAACAGCAACCAGUGUUGCAUCCCAAGAUAUUAUCUGUGCCAUUACCGAAGCGGUUCUCUGUCAGAUCUGUGACAGCCAGACCUAUGUCAAGACCAUUACCAAGAUCGGAGUAUUUGAGCCCACGGAGAUCCUUUUUAUGAAUACUUGCAAAGACUCGAAGCUAUUCUAUAUCGUUCAAGAGAAUCUACCGGAUCCAACCUUCACAUUCAUUGAUCGCAAAUACUGGUCAGACAGGACCUGCCAUGAAUAUGUGAAUCGACUCGCUUUUCCGGAGGAUGCUGAAUCGAUCAAGGUCACACUGGGUGGGAAUUACUUUGCAGCUUGCUGCUUCGCUGCCGUCAUCAAGUAUGUCGAACUUAAACUGAACAGGAUUUUCGCGUCUCACUCCCUUCGUAUACGAUUCGAACCGUCUCAAGGCUCAAUGACAAUUGAUCUAUCCACUAUAUGCUCACUCGAACUCAUCCAGAAUCUGCAAAACGCGAAGUCGAAGGACAGUCUGUUCGGGCUUAUGAAUGAGACACUCACGCCCAUGGGCGCUAGACUGCUACGGGCCAACAUUCUACAACCCUCUACAGAAAGAUCUAAACUGCUAGCACGGUAUGACGCCGUGGAGGAUUUGUCUACCAAAGAGGAAAUGUUUCUCUCAGUUCGACAAGCACUCAAAGGUUUUGUUGAUACCGACAAAGUUCUGACGUCUCUCAUUCUCGUUCCAACUAAACAGAAAUUCCAACACGUCGAGCAAUCGGUCAACAAUGUCAUCAUGUUGAAGACCUAUGUGUCGUCGAUAAAGUCGAUCUACAAGACGCUUUCUACUGCUCAGAGCACGCUCUUGCUAACAAUAAGAGAGCUGUGUGCUCCUGCAGGCCAUUCCUCCGUUGAACAGCUCAUCGAAGGGACGCUGAACGAGCACGUGGCAUACCAAACGAAGCCCUUGGACUUGAGAAACCAACGUAUAUACUGUGUCAGGGCUGGCGUCAAUAGUCUCCUUGAUGUCGCAAGGCAGACUUACAAAGAAGCUAAUACAGAUGCUGCUGAUCUUGUAACGCAACUAGCAGAGUCAACUAAUCUUCGAUUGGAUCUGAAAUACGAUUCUGCUCGCCAGUACUACAUCGUCAUACCGGCCGACGAAGUCGACUCGCUCCCCGAUAUAUUCAUCAACGUAUACCGCAAAAAGAAACGUAUAGAAUGCCAAACUCUUGACCUCGUCAAACUAAACCAAAAGAUAGUGGAUGCACAUGAUGAAGUGAUCAACAUGAGCGACUGGACUAUUCAAGAGUUGAUCAAAGAUGUUUGCUCUGAGAUCUCCGGUCUCUUCAGGGUGAGUGAGGCGAUUGCCAUGCUGGAUAUGCUAGCCGCCUUUGCCCAUCUCGCCACAUUCUAUGACUACAUUCGCCCUGAGUUAACAGACACACUCGCUAUCAAAGCCGGUCGACAUCCCAUUCGGGAGAAAAUCCAUUCCAAAAAAUACAUUCCGAACGAUGCAUACGCAACACAGCAGUCGCGCUUCCAGAUUAUCACAGGCUGCAACAUGAGCGGCAAGUCAACAUAUAUACGCUCGCUGGCAUUAAUGACUGUGAUGGCACAAACUGGCUGUUACGUCCCAGCGGAGUACGCCUCAUUCCCAAUUGUUCACCAGCUCUUCGCUCGUGUCUCCACAGCCGAUGACCUCGAAGCCAACGUGUCGACCUUUGCUGUCGAGAUGCGCGAAAUGGCCUUCAUCUUGCAUAACAUUGAACGCCGGAGCAUGGUGAUCGUCGACGAACUUGGACGCGGCACUAGCACCACCGACGGCCUUGCUAUCGCCAUUGCCAUUGCAGAGGCUUUGGUGGAAAGCAAAUCCCUGGUCUGGUUCGUGACGCACUUUCGUGACUUGGCUGUAGUCAUGGCCGAGCGCAGUGGUGUAGUCAAUCUUCACCUCGCAGCAGAAAUAUCAUCCGACGCGUCUAAGAUGACAAUGCUAUACAAAAUUGCAGAGGGACCUGUGACUAACCAAUUCUAUGGUCUUACCUUGGCUAAACUAGUUGACCUACCUCCGGACGUUCUCGACGUUGCGCAGGACGUAUCCGAGAAGUUGCACGAGAUCGCUGCACGUCGACAUGGUAAUUCUGGAGCCGUCACCAUUGCUCGAAAACGAAACUUGAUUUUGUCACUCAGAGAACAGCUCUAUCAAGCUCGCAACGGGGCCCUUGAGGGCGAGGCUCUCAGGAAAUGGCUAAAGAAGCUACAGGAUGACUUUCUGCUCCGAAUGGCUAGUAUUGACGAUGAACUUGAUGACGCUUCUAGUGAGACAGAACAAGAAGAUGACAUUAUUGAAGAAGAUGACCAAUAUGAUGAUUCUCAAGAGGGCAACCAGACUGAGACAGAACUUACUGACGAUAGCUCACCUAUUAUUUCCACCGAACGGCCUGAUACUCACGGCAUAGCAACCGAGCGAACUGAUCUUUCACUGGCUGGAGAAGAGUCCAUUCUCAUGACUUCGCAGGAAAUACCCGAGACUAGUCCUUUUCCCGAGUCGGUAGAACUUGUCUAA